CGCAAGACGCGCUGCGUGGAAAGGUGCGCGUUACCGCGGGUGCGUGCGAGCGCGCUUUCCAACACUUUUCUUUUCUUUUCUUCCCCCUGUGUGUGUGUACAUGUUGUGGAUUUUCUGUGGAUUUCAGCGCCUGUGGCUUGGACUGCACAAUGGCUCAGAUCACAUACAAAACCAGUGGAUGGCUUUUUAUGCUGUUUUCUUUACUCCUGGAAUUGAGUUUGGUGGAGAUCUCCAGCGCACGCGGCUUUGACAGCCUGGGACUGACUUACGGCCACAGGUCCGAUCUCUCAGAAGAUGCCAUACUGGUGGCCAAUAACGGAAUCCGCGUUCCUUUUGGGAGAUCCGUGUUCAUCGACCCGAUUAAUGAUUUAGUCCUGCAGGUCCGACCAGGAGACAAGUGCACUAUCACAGUCCUGGACAACGAUCCUUUGUCGCAGAAACCGGGUCAGCUGAGCCCUAAAAAGUUCCCGUGCGAGUUUGGACCUAGUGAUGUGAAAUACUCCCACUAUGGAUCCCGGAGUCCAGCUAAAGACAGAGUCAGACUCCAGUUAAGGUAUGACACCCAAACCGACACUGUUAUUAUCCCUUUCAUGAUGGAGGUUGAAGUGAUCUUCACCCAGCUCGAGAUCCUGACCAAAAACAUGCCCAUGAGCGUUGAGAAGCUUCUAGGAACAAGUAACCCUAUUGAUAAAAAGAUUCUGGAGUUCACUUAUGACCGAAACAUGUACCAGUGCAAAGUGACUUCUCUUGCAGGAACAGGUGUUUUGCCCAGGUAUGGAAAGCUUGUUGAUGAAGGUAAAUUAGGUAAGAUGUUCGAUUGCGAUGAAUUUCUCAGGCUGAACAUUCGGUAUCGCCAUACGUUCGCUCAGCGUUCUCCAAACAGAGAUUACAUUCCUAUGUAUGUGGAGCUCCAAGACAAGGAGAGCAAUGUAAUGAAGCAGGAGUUUUUCCAAAUCAUGGUGCGUAUCAAAGAAGGAGAUGAAAACACUGCGCCAAAACCUAGCUUCGUCUCGAUGAUGAUGAUGGAGGUUGACCAGUUUGUGAUGACAGCCAUAACCCCUGACAUGCUCGCUGCUGAGGACGUCGAAUCUUUAACUGAUGACUUGAUCUUUAACAUUACGUCUCCGCUGUCGUUCGAGGAAGGGUAUAUUGUCAGUACGGACGAUAGAAAUCUGCCCAUUACAUCCUUUUAUCAAGGAGAUCUGAAGGAUCUGAAAAUAGCAUACAAGCCUCCGUCUGAGGACUCGGACGGUGAGAGAAUUUUCCAAAUUGAGUUUGUUGUGGUAGAUACAGAGGGAGCCGUCUCAGACCCGUUCGCUUUCAUGAUCGUUGUAAAGCCCAUGAACACUCUGGCUCCUGUCGUUACCCGAAACACAGGGCAGCUGCUCUACGAGGGUCAGACAAGGUCACUGUCUAGUUCGCAAAACCUGCAGAUAAGCGACGAGGACAAUUUACACGAUGUCAGAGUGACGGUGAUUGACGGACUCAGACACGGCGAGCUCACCGUGAUCGGCUCCAAGAGUAAAUUCUUCACCGUGGCAGAUCUGGAACACGGCUCUGUCAUCUACCAGCAUGACGGCAGCGAUACUUAUAGCGACAACAUCAUUUUCAGGAUGACGGACGGCAAACACGAAGUGGAAUUUCUUUUCCCUAUAACCGUAGUGCCAACUGACGACGAGCCACCGAUUAUCAAUGCCAACACUGGUUUGGUGAUGUUCAAAAAUCAGAUGAUGCCCAUAUCACCUUUAAUGCUGAGUGCAGCCGAUAUCGACUCUGAAGACUCAACUAUCAAAUUUAUCCUAGAAGCGCCUUUCUCAAUCAUAGGAGAGGUGCUGCUUCGUCAGUCGGACGCUCCAGAAGACCCAUCCACGUGGAGGUUCAAUUCUGAAGAUGAGAUGUAUGAGAAAGCGGUGACGGAAUGGCUCCAGCAAGACAUUACCGAUGGAAAGCUGUUUUACAGACACAUUGGCCCUCAUAACACUAAAACCAUAAUGGAUCAGUUCGUUUUCCGAGUUCAGGACGACAACGACCCGCCAAACCGGUCAGGACAGAAUUCUUUCAUUAUAAAAAUUCUCCCAAUCGAUGACAUUCCCCCUGAGCUUCACCCUGAAUCUACCCUGCAGCUGACCGUUCACGAAUAUCAGCUCACGUUCUUCCGCAAAAAGUUUUUGCGCUACACCGAUUUAGACUCUGAGGACCGGGAUUUGAAAUACACCAUUACUCAGCCUCCGAGAGAUACGGAUGAGAACAGCCCUGUUAUUCUGGGAGCUAUUGUUCUGACAGAAAGCCCAACCGCAGAGGUUACGGAGUUUACUCAAGCACAGAUAAAUCACCAUAAAAUAGCAUACAAGCCGCCUGAUCUGGAGCUGGGUAUAACUCCGCAUGUAGUCCAGUUUCAUUACACGGUUGAGGACACAGCAGGAAACAGUAUCGAUGGAGUGUUUACGAUUUUCCUGCAGCCUGUUGACAACAAACCACCCCAGAUUACCAACACGGGGUUCACCGUGUUUGAGCGAGGCAUACAUGUAAUCACACGCAACGAUCUUGACACCACCGACCCGGACACAGACAAGUCGAAGAUCUCCUUCACGCUCACUCAGCCACCUCUUUACGGCCAUAUACAGUACACGUUUACUGACCUAAGCAAGGGGGAUUCCUUCAAUUUGGAUGAUCUCUCUCAAGGCAGGAUCACAUACUCUCACGAUGGAGAUGAGGCAACGAAUGACUUCUUUCAACUCGACGUGAGCGAUGGAGUCCACGUCGUCACUAUUACCGUUAAGAUACACGUGAAGCUCAUUGAUGAUGAAACGCCAACCAUAAGCCUUCCAGAAGGUACAAUUGGCUCCUAUAUUGAUGUCUUGGAAAACGGAGCUACCGAAAUCACAGCCAACGUUAUUCAGGGACGAGAUGAAGACACGGAUGACCUGAGGUUGACCUUCAUAGUAGAGGAUCCACCGGUCAUUGGGGAGAUAUUAGUCAAUGGCAUACCUGCCAACAGAUUCACCCAAGCUGAUAUCAUUAGUGGAUUAGUUGUGUAUGCACACACAAGUGGAGAGAUCGGCCUCACUACAAAAGAGGACUUCUUUAAUUUGACCCUGACGGAUAUGUCUGACGAGUGGACUGUGGGCGGUAAUAAAAUUAAGGGCAUUCGAGUUCACGUAACUAUCUUACCAAUGGACAGCCAGGCCCCUCAGGUGUUUGUCGGCCACCAGUUCAGUGUCGUCGAAGGUGAGAAAAACGUCAUCCAAAUAGCACACAUUAGCGCGUCCGAUAUCGACACUCCCAAUGAUGACCUGUUGUGUACAAUCAUUGUACAACCAACAAAUGGCUACUUGGAAAACAUCUCCCCUGCUCCAGGAUCAGAGAAAUCCAGGUCGGGAACAGCUAUCAGUGCGUUUACCAUCAAAGACAUUAAGCAAAAUCAUAUCUAUUAUGUGCAAAGCAUUCAUAGAGGAGUGGAGCCAGUGGAGGACAGGUUCACUUUCAGGUGCUCGGAUGGCAUAAAUUUUUCCGAAAGACACUUCUUUCCGAUCGUGAUCAUACCGUCGAAUGACGAAAAGCCAGAAAUCCAUAUGCGAGAGUUUGUUGUAAUGGAAGGCAUGAACGUUGUGAUUGAUACUCCUAUAUUGAACGGGGUUGAUGCGGAUAUUCCCACAGACGAGCUGACUUUUAUUGUCACCAAACCUCCCAAACAUGGUUUCAUUAUAAAUCAGUUAACCACCGGCACCGUUCCUGUGACCAACUUUACUCUCGACCAGAUAAAAGAAGCCUCUAGCAUUGUUUACGAGCACGACGAUUCUGAAACCACAGAGGACAGUUUUAAAGUUCUUCUCACCGAUGGCAAAUUCACUGUGGAUAAGACUGUCAUUAUUAUGGUUAUCCCAGUGGAUGAUGAAACACCAAGGAUGGCUAUCAAUGACGGUCUUGAAAUAGAGAUUGGAGAAAUCAAAGAAAUCACCAACAAAGUUUUAAAAGCCACCGAUCUGGAUACGAAGGACAGCACGCUGACUUAUGUUAUCCGAUAUGGUCCAAAUCAGGGCAUUCUGCAAAAAAGGACACCAUUUGGAACGCUCCAAAACAUAACCAUCGGAAUGAAUUUCACACAAAGUGAUGUCGAUGAAAAUCUUAUUAUAUAUGUCCAUAACGGACAGGAAGGAAUACGCGACCUCAUCAAAUUCGAUGUCACGGAUGGCAUCAACCCUUUGAUUGACAGGUACUUCUAUGUAACGGUCGGCGGAAUAGACAUGGUGUUCCCUGAAGUGAUUAGCAAGGGGGUUUCUCUCAAAGAAGGUGGUAAAGUGCACCUUACCACAGACUUGCUGAGCACCAGCGAUCUCAACAGCCCAGACGAACACUUAGUCUUCACCAUCACUCGAGCUCCAGUGAGAGGCCAUCUAGAGUGCACUGAUACACCAGGCAUGCCUAUCAGCUCCUUCACCCAGCUCCAGCUGGCCGGAAACAAGAUCUACUACAUCCACACCUCUGAUGACGAGGUUAAAAUGGACAGCUUUGAGUUUGAAGUAACCGACGGUUACAACCCAGUGUUUCGCACGUUCCGCAUUUCCAUAUCGGACGUCGACAACAAAAAGCCUGUGGUCACACUUCACGGGCUGGUCGUUAACGAAGGGAAGAGCAAGCUUAUCACACCAUUCGAAUUGACCGUCGAGGACCGCGACACGAUCGACAGACUGCUAAAGUUCACCAUCACUCAGGUACCUGUUCACGGAAAGCUGCUGUUCAACAGGACCAGAACCGUCACCUCUUUCACUAAGCAGGACCUCAACGAGAACUUGAUCAGCUACAAGCACGACGGGACCGAGUCUGCUUCCGACAGCUUUUCCUUUACCGUCACAGAUGGCACUCAUUCGGACUUUUAUGUAUUUCCUGAUACGGUUUUUGAAACUCGCAAACCUCAGUUGAUGAAAAUCACAAUUCUUUCCGUGGACAACGGCAUUCCGCAGAUUAUUGCCAACAAGGGUGGGAUGACUUUGAAAAUGCUGCCCAGUGGUCUUCUAGGUUUCGUGAUCACAAGUAAAGCUCUGAAAGCUGAGGACAGAGACAGUCCCCAUGGAGCUGUAACCUUUCGUGUAACCGUAGGCUUGGAACAUGGCUACCUUAUUGACCUGGGCAAGGGAAACGCCACCAUUACCACAUUCACUCAAGCUGACAUUGAUGACAUGCACAUAUGCUACGUUCUUCGAAAUGGAGACAAUGCCACCAGUGACACCUUCCAUUUCUUCGUUGAAGACAACGGAGGGAACAAGUUAAAGAACCAGCAGUUCAGACUGACCUGGGCUUGGAUCUCGCUGGAGAAGGAGUAUUACGUGGUGGAUGAGGAGGCUAAGUUCUUAGAGGUAGUCUUGCGGCGGAGGGGUUACCUCGGCGAGACGUCAUUCGUCAGCAUUGGAACCAAAGAUGGCACUGCUGAGCAGGACAAAGAUUUUCGUGGCAAAGCCCAGAAACAGGUUCAGUUCAACCCAGGCCAGACCUCUGCCACCUGGAAAGUACGGCUCCUCGGUGACCACCUGUACGAGCAAUCGGAAACCUUCCAGAUCGUUCUGUCGGAGCCGGUUAUGGGGGCACUUGAGUUCCCCCAGACAGCUACAGUGGAGAUAAUCGACCCUGAAGAUGAGUCCACAGUUUUUAUCCCUUCAGCGACGUACUCUAUUGAGGAAGAUGUCGGUGAGUUUCUGAUUCCUGUUCGCCGCUCUGGAGACGUCACUCAGGAGCUGAUGGUCAUCUGUUAUACACAGCAAGGCACAGCCACUGGCACCAUCCCCACCACAGUGCUGUCCUAUUCAGACUAUAUCUCACGCCCAGAAGAACACGUCAGCAUCCUGCGCUUCGACCAGGAUGAAAUUGAGAAGGCAUGUCGUGUGGUGGUGAUCGACGACUCGUUGUAUGAGCAUGAGGAAAGCUUUAAUGUCACCCUCAGCAUGCCAAUGGGAGGCCGUCUGGGCCAGGAGUUCUCCACCACGAGGAUCACCAUCCUGCCUGACACUGAUGACGCACCAGUGUUUUAUUUUGGAGACACCGAGUACCAUGUGGACGAGAGCGACGGCUACGUUGAGGUUCGGGUUUGGAGAACAGGAUCUGACCUGUCCAAGACUGCAACGGUUACAGUGCGCUCACGGAAAACAGACCCUGUUUCGGCUGAAGCCGGGGAGGAUUACGUAGGGAUCAGUAAGAACCUAGACUUUGCUCCAGGCAUCACCAUGCAGACGAUCCGCGUCACCAUUCUGGAUGACCUGGGCCAGCCGGUGCUUGAAGGGCCUGAGAAGUUCGAGCUGGUCCUCCGCAUGCCCAUGAACGGCAUUCUGGGAGAACCGAGUAAAUCCACAGUGUUCAUCAACGACUCCGUGUCAGACUUGCCCAAGGUGCAGUUCAGUGAUGCCAAGUACACAGGUAAUGAGAAUGAUGGACAGAUCACGGCCAUCAUUUACCGCAGUGGAGAUCUGAGGUACAGGUCCAGUGUGCGCUGCUACAGCCGGCAGGGUUCCGCUCAGGUUAUGAUGGACUUCAAUGAGAGACCCAACACGGACGCGUCAACCAUCACCUUCUUACCAGGGGAAGUGGAGAAGCCUUGUACUCUAAUUCUAGUCAACGACAUGGAGCACGAAGAGGUGGAGGAGCUCCGGCUGGUCCUCGGGAGCCCUAAAAGCGACUCUCCGUUCGGGGCGUCUAUAGGAGUUCAAAAUGAGGCGCUCAUCAAGAUUAAGGACGAUGCUGACAAGGCCAUCAUUAAGUUCGGGGUUACUAAGAUCAGCGUGAGCGAACCCAGCGAGCCCGGGCACGUUUCGGUGGUGAGGGUGCCAGUGGUGCGACUGGGAGACACCUCCAAAGUGUCAGUGGUACGAGUGCACACUAAAGAUGGUUCGGCGACAUCCGGAGAGGAUUAUCACCCGGUAUCUCAGGACGUCAAAUUCGAGGAAGGAGAAACCGAGCACACGGUGGAAGUCGAGAUCCUGUACGACGGCGUGCGCGAAAUGAGAGAAGCGUUCACGGUCCACCUGAAACCAGAUGAGAACAUGGUGGCUGAGAUUCAGAUGAUCAAAGCUAUCAUCUACAUCGAGGAAGGAAACAGCAUGGCAGAUGUGACGUUCCCGUCUUUGCCAGUGGUCAUAUCGCUCCUGCAUUACGAUGACUUCGGCAGUUCCUCAGAGAGCCGACCACCUGCUGGAUACCCGGUCAUCUGUGUCACAGCCUGCGAUCCGAAGUAUGCAGACUUCGAGCGUACCAGCUUCAUCUGUAAAAGCGAGCACAUCAACAACACGCUGACUCGUUACCGCUGGCUCGUCAGCGCCCCCGCAGGACCCGACGGUGUCACCAGUCCUAUGAGGGAGGUGGACUUCAAUACCUUCUUUACCUCGUCCAAACGCAUCACUCUGGACUCUGUGUAUUUCCAGGCGGGCUCGCGAGUUCAGUGCGCAGCCCGGGCCGUGAACUCAAAUGGAGACGAGGGGCUCGAGCUCAGCAGCGCCAUCGUCUCAAUCAGUGUGGAGGAGGGUCUCUGCCAACCUCGUGUGAUGGGCGCCGUCGGAGCUGAGCCUUUCUCUGCCAAGCUGCGCUACACCGGGCCAGACGACCCACAUCAUCCAAAUCUUAUUAAGCUCACCGUCACCAUGCCGCACAUAGACGGUAUGCUCCCUGUGGUCUCCACCCGUCCUCUCUCCAACUUCGAGCUGACACUCAGUCCGGACGGCACACGGGUGGGGAAUCAUCGCUGCUCCAACCUGUUGGACUACAGUGAGGUCCGUACACGGCACGGGUUCAUCACCGACGCCACCCGUAACCCGGAGGCCAUCGGAGGCAUGGCGCCAUACCAAUAUAGCACCGCUUUAAGAGGGGAAAGCACGCUACGCUUCUACAGAAACCUUCACCUGGAGGCCUGCCUGUGGGAAUUUGUCAGUUAUUACGAUAUGUCUGAGCUCCUUAGUGAUUGUGGAGGGUCAAUAGGGACAGAUGGGCAGGUGCUGAACCUGGUGCAGUCGUACGUGACGUUGCGUGUGCCCCUGCACGUUUCCUAUGUGUUCCACUCUCCGGUGGGUGCUGGAGGCUGGCAGCACUUUGACCUGCAAUCUGAGCUGAGGCUUACCUUUGUGUACGAUACGGCCAUCCUGUGGAGAGACGGAAUCGGAAGCCCACCCGAGGCCGAGCUUCAAGGAGCACUCUAUCCCACCAGCAUGCGCAUUAACGAACAAGGACGCUUGGUGGUUAACUUCCGCACAGAAGCUCGCUUCAAGGGGCUGUUUGUGACGUCGCACCCUGCCUCCCCUCUGACCUCCAUGAUAAUGUGCAUGGAUCACCCUGGGCUGACCUUUAACCUCAGUCUGGUGAGGACCGAGCCCACCUACAACCAGCCCACGCAGCAGUGGACGUUUGUCUCUGACUUUGCGGUGAGGGAUUAUUCUGGUACCUACACGGUGAAGCUGUUGCCCUGUACUGCCCCUUCCAAUCUGGAGUACACCCUGCCUCCGGUGUGCAACCCCGAGGCCGUCACGUUUGACCUCGAUAUCCGCUUCCAACAGGUGAGUGACCCUGUAGCUGCAGAAUUCAGCCUGAACACACAGAUGCUGCUGCUUUCAAAGAGGACUUUGUGGUUGUCUGACGGGUCCAUGGGGUUCAGCCAAGAGAGCGACACUGCAUUCACUGAGGGUGACAUAAUCUACGGCCGUGUCAUGGUGGAUCCUGUGCAGAACCUCGGCGACUCCUUCAUCUGCAACAUCGAGAAGGUGUUCCUGUGUACGGGGGCAGACGGCUAUGUGCCAAAGUACAACCCUGACAACUACGAGUACGGCUGUUUAGCAGAUGCUGCGUCCCUCCUCUACAGGUUCAAGAUCAUUGACAAAGCUCAACCAGAGACUCAGGCUCGAGCAUUCGGGAGCGUUAGCUUCAACGCUCUCCUGGCUGUUGAUGACCCCGAAGCUUUGUCUUUAGUGAGGCAGACAGGCUCAGACGGCUUUCGGUUGGACUCCAAGCCAUUGUUUCAGGUAUCUGCAGGAAGAGAGUGGUACAUCCACACCAUAUACACCGUCCGCUCCAGAGACAACGCCAACCGAGGCAUUGGGAAAAGGAGUUUGGAGUACCACCACAUGUCUCGACACCACUCCUCACGUCCCAGAAGGUCAGUUUCGGCUCCAGCCCUUACCGAGGAGAUCGGUGAGGAGAACGAGAGAGGAACCAACAUCCUCCACGUGGCUCUGGAGCGCAGCAGCCAGCACCAGCCCCGGCCCAAAGUUAACAUCCAGAACGUCAUGGUUACCACAGGGUCCAAACCGGAUGGCAUGGAGGACUAUUACCUACUAACGAUCGUAGGAGUUCUGGUGGGUCUUGUCCUGACUGUCGUUCUCUCUGUACUCGUGUUUUUGUUGGUGCGCUCGAGGAAAGACAAGGAGAAACUCGCAGAGCCCACGAAGGCCUCCUGCAGCACUGAGCCCAUGAUGGUGCACGGCUUUGACAGUAACGACAGUAACGACAGCUCUGAGGUGUGAGCGCUCGGUGGGACUAUGUGGGGGUUUUUUUGUUGUUUUUUGUUUUUUUGUGCAAGUGAUUCUUAUUUAACUACUAAGACUUUGCGAUUCGAAGGGACUUUUGAAGAGUUGGACCGACUUGCACAAUCUCAGAGAUGAGGUCAGCUGAGGUCAUGUGACACUCUGGAGUCUGUGAUGAAGGUCUUGGCGCUCGGAUACUGGCUCGCUUCAGGAGUUGGCGAAAACAAAGAACUCUGGAAACACUUAUUUUUGCUGUUUCACAAUUCGAAAAGGAAAACAUGAAGCCAGGAUUUAUAAAAACAAGGCAUUCAGACCAUGCUGUUCUUUUUACUCAACCUUGUCAUCAUUAUUAUUUCAUUCAGAGGUGCUAGAAGCUUCCUGGCUAAGGAGCUAAAGAGUGUUUGUUGUCUUUGUUUAUAUUUUCAUUACUGUUUUAGUCUAUCAAAUGUUUCACAAUCACUUUUUAACUUUGCUAUCACAUUAUAUUAUUCGAUCACAUCCUCGCACACCAUUUUCAUCCUAAUUGUUUUAGUUUUUACAUUUUCCUACACAAAUGCAGUAAAUUUCAACCCCACCCAAUUGUUUAAUUAUUUACUAUAAAUUUUGUAAAGAAAAACAUAUUAUAAUGUAAAUUCAUACGCCAAUGAUUUUUGUAAUGUCCCUGACUUGCAUUGAAUCCAGCAUACUAUUCGAUUCAUAAGCACGCAUCCCAAAUGCUAUGCUAUAUGGACAUGUGACUUCUGAACAUCCCAUUCUACAUUUAGUUCCUAUUUGCUGUUAUAAUUUCCUCCACUUUUCUAGGAAGAUAGAUUUUGAGGAGCGAUUGUGAAGAUUUGUGCUUGUUCAGCUACAAGGGGGUUAGUAAAGUCAGGUACUGAUGUAGGUGAGGUGAGGAGACCUGGGCUGCAGUCAAAGUAUCUCUUCAUCCCAAACAUAUUCAAUAGGUCAGAGCUCUAAAGCAGACCAUAUAUAUAUAUAUAUAUAUAUAUAUAUAUAUAUAUAUAUAUAUAUAUAUAUAUAUAUACACACACUAUAUUGGCAAAAGUAUUGGGACACCUGGUCAUCUGUACAGUAUAUUAUUUUUGAGCAAUGCAUUCAAUCUUUAGUCCCAAUUUUCUCUUAAAUUCCCACCAUUUUUCUGGAAAGAUGUUCACUAGAUUUUGGAGUGUGCUUAUGGAUAUUUGUGUUCAGGUACUGAUGUGAGGAGACCUGUGGUGCAGUCAG